GCACCAACUUGGUAGCAACAAGAUUACAUCCAUUUGCUUGAAGCGACGCAAUGAUCCGUAUUUUCCUUCAGUUGCUCGUCAUAGCACUAGUCUUUGUUCCUAGCGCAUUGUCGAUUUUGCAUGUUCAGAUGCGUGUCAUCAGCGGCAUUCCAAAUGAUCCUAACCCGUUGCGACUUCAGUGCAAAUCCGGAGAUGAUGAUUUGGGAAUGCACGAGCUCAAAACUGGUGAGGCAUUGGAUUGGCAUUUCGGAAUCAAUAUCUUCGGCAGAACUCUCUUCUUCUGCCAUUUCUACUGGGGUGCCAAAGACCAAGUUUUCGAUGUAUUCAAUACUCACAUGGAUAUUAAAGAUUGUUUACCUUCGAAAGUUAAACAUAGAGAUUACUCAUGCUAUUGGUUAGCGAAACCAGAUGGUUUCUAUAUUAGUAAUGGCGAGAAAAUUUGGAAGAAAAUGCAUGACUGGCCUGUCUAACUUAGUCUGUAACAUUGUUACCGCCUCUAUCUCAUGCAUCAACUAGUUGUUGCUUCUAUGAAUAAUUAAUUUCUCAAAGAAAAUAA